AAAUACAUAAUAAGUUAGCUAAGAUUCGUACUAUUAUUCUUCUAUAUAACAAACCAAAAAAGUCACAAGACCUAAGUAUAGUACACACAUAUUACAAAAAAAUGGAGUCAUCUAUGGGUGAAGGAUUAAGAAGCAGAUCAUCAGGUCUAAAAGCAAUAGAAACAAAGAUGAAAGGGGGAAUCGAAGAGUACGAUAUGGUGACCGUGGAAGACGAGCCAUUGAGUCCAAUGGCUCGUCUUUUCCACGAUAGGAGGUUCGAUGUCCACGCUGUUGCGUUUAUGGCUAGUAAAACUCGAAUCUCACCACAACCCGUGAAGGAAAAGUUGGUGCAUACUUUGCUUAAGCAUCCUCGUUUCACUAGCUUGAUGGUUGUGGAUGAAGAAAAUUUAAUAGACAUGAAAUGGGUCCAAACAAAGAUUGACUUGGACCAACAUAUUAUAAUUGUUGAAGUAGAUGAAACUCAGCUGGUAUCACCCGAUAAGUUCGUGGAGGAUUAUAUAUAUAACCUAAGCAAAACAAGCCUCGACAGAUCAAAGCCACUUUGGGACCUUCACAUUAUCAAUGUGAAAACUCGUCAAGCAGAGUCCGUGGUUGUGUUUAGGGUUCACCAUUCUCUUGGCGAUGGCACCUCCCUUAUUUCUCUUCUACUCGCGUGCACUCGCCAAACUGCUGAUAAUCUCAAACUUCCUACCAUUCCCACCAAGAAAAGGAGGCCUACUCCUUCAGGUUAUUCAACAAAGGAAGGGUUGUGGCGAUUGUGGGGAAAAAUUUGGCUUUUCAUGGUAAUGGUUGUGAAUACUACAAUAGAUGUUUACAUGUUCAUCAUCACAAUCAUGUUCCUCAAGGACACCAAAACACCAAUCAGCGCCCCGCCUGAUUACGAGUCUAACAAAGCUAGACGAAUCGUUCAUCGUAUAAUCAGUCUAGAUGAUUUGAAGUUUGUUAAAAAUGCUAUGAAUGUUACUAUAAAUGAUGUUGCCCUAGGAUUAACACAAGCUGGUUUAUCUAAAUAUCUUAAUAGAAGAUAUGCUAUUGGUGGAAAAGACAAGGGAGCAACAGAGAGAAACAAUAAUCUUCCCAAUGGCAUUCGACUUCGAUCAUGUCUUUGUUUCAACCUAAGAUCCUCUGCAGGAAUUGAAGAUCUUGCCAAUAUGAUGGAGAAUGGAAGCAAAGGGAAGAGGGGUUGGGGAAACUGGUUCGGUUACGCGUUGUUACCGUUCAAGAUUGCACUACGAGAUAAUCCUUUAGACUACGUGAAAGAAGCUAAAGCGACAGUUGAUCGCAAGAAGCGAUCCUUUGAAGCUUUAUCCACCUUGAUCAUGGCCCAAUUACUAAUCAAGUUUCUUGGGAUCAAGGUAGCUACAGAGGUGACUUGCAAAGGAUUCUCAAAUUCAACAAUAUGUUUCACCAAUUUGGUUGGACCACAAGAGGAAAUUGGGUUCUGUGGUUACCCCAUUACUUAUUUUGCUCCAAGUGCUUAUGGCCAACCAAGUGCAUUGAUGAUCAAUUUCCAAAGCUAUAUCAAUAAGAUGAUCAUCGUCGUAUCUGUUGAUGAAAAUGCUAUACCCGAUCCACAUCAAUUGCUUGAUGAUUUUGAAGAUUCUCUUAAUCUCAUAAAGAACGCUGUCAUUGAAAAGGGGCUUGUUUAGAAUUUGAAAUGAACCGAAUUAUGACGCUAAUUGUAUUAGUAAUUCUGCAAUAUUAAGAAACUUUUUCGAAUAAUUUACCAGCACUUGUGUACUGCUGCAGUAAUUCUCUUUCCUAAUGCUUUCGACUUGAUAUUGAAGGACAUGGUGCUCUGUAAACUACAUUUUAAUUAAUGGUAUUCAUAUCAGUGUAUUACAAUUUA